GCCAGAGCGAGCGCCGGGGCCGGGCGCGCAGGAGUGAAAAGGAGGCGGCGGCCGCGGCUGCGAGCAACAGAUCCGGACGCCGCGAGCAGACGCGUUCUGCUGUUGGGCGAUUUUUUUUUUUAAUUUCAAAAAUAUUAUUAAAUUAGAAAAUCUUGCAUUUUUAAAUGGCGCUGGCCCCAGGUCAGCGGGCGGUUUUCUCUGCUUCAAGAUGGGCUGUGCUGUUUCCGUCGUGGGCACCAGUGGUGGCCUGAUUGUCAGUCUUCUCCGGGCAUUUUUAAGACCAGGAGCCGAGCACUGCAUGUAGGCGAAUCACCCUGCAGGGCGGUUUGGCUUUUUAAAUUAUUGUUAUUAUUUGGGGCAGAGAACAGCCGAUCUUGGGCACUUCGUCCUCUUUGCAGAAGAGGCUGUGAGUCGUAGGUGGGUCGCUCGGAGGGUGGAAUUGCUCGCGGGUGAGCGAGCCCCGGCCCCGCGCACAGUCCAGGCGGCCCUGAGUGUGUGUCCUCUCCCUGCCGGCGCCGGGAAAAUGGAGGCUGUGAUUGAGAAGGAAUGCAGCGCGCUCGGAGGCCUCUUCCAGACCAUCAUCAGCGACAUGAAGGGGAGCUAUCCAGUGUGGGAAGAUUUCAUAAACAAAGCAGGAAAGCUACAGUCCCAGCUUCGGACCACAGUAGUAGCAGCGGCUGCCUUCUUGGAUGCCUUUCAGAAAGUGGCUGACAUGGCGACCAACACACGUGGUGGAACCAGGGAGAUUGGCUCCGCCCUGACCAGGAUGUGCAUGAGACACAGAAGCAUAGAAGCCAAGCUCAGGCAGUUUUCGAGUGCUUUAAUCGAUUGUCUGAUAAACCCACUUCAAGAACAGAUGGAAGAAUGGAAGAAAGUGGCCAACCAGCUGGAUAAAGACCACGCGAAAGAAUAUAAAAAAGCUCGCCAAGAGAUAAAAAAGAAGUCCUCAGAUACACUGAAACUGCAGAAGAAAGCAAAGAAAGUGGACGCUCUCGGGAGAGGCGAUAUCCAGCCUCAGUUGGACAGUGCUCUCCAGGAUGUCAACGACAAGUAUCUCCUCCUGGAAGAAACAGAAAAGCAGGCGGUCCGGAAGGCUUUGAUUGAGGAGCGUGGCCGAUUCUGCACCUUCAUUGCUAUGCUGCGGCCAGUGAUUGAAGAAGAAAUCUCAAUGCUUGGGGAAAUAACUCACCUUCAGACCAUAUCAGAAGAUCUGAAAAGCCUGACCAUGGACCCUCACAAACUGCCGUCCUCAAGUGAACAGGUGAUUUUGGACUUGAAAGGCUCUGAUUACAGUUGGUCGUACCAGACGCCACCCUCUUCCCCCAGCACGACCAUGUCCCGCAAGUCCAGCGUCUGCAGCAGCCUGAACAGUGUGAAUAGCAGCGACUCGCGCUCCAGCGGCUCCCACUCCCACUCCCCCAGCUCCCACUACCGCUACCGCAGCUCCAACCUGGCCCAGCAGGCGCCCGUCCGCCUGUCCAGCGUGUCCUCCCACGACUCAGGAUUCAUUUCCCAGGACGCCUUCCAGUCCAAGUCACCGUCCCCCAUGCCGCCAGAAGCCCCCAACCAGUUGUCUAACGGGUUUUCUCACUGUAGUUUGCCAAGUGAAUCCCAUGUGGGGCCCAUGGGGGCAAGCCUUUCCCUUCAUUGCCCGCCUGCCUCCCGCCUGCUCCCUCGGGUCACCUCUGUCCACCUUCCAGACUUCGCUCAUUGUCACACCAUUGGGCCCGGCAUGUUCCCGUCAUCUCAGAUCCCUAGCUGGAAGGACUGGGCCAAGCCAGGACCUUACGAUCAGCCUCUGGUGAACACCCUACAGCGCCGCAAAGAGAAGCGGGAGCCGGACCCCAGUGGAGGAGGGCCCACCGCCGCAGGUGGCGCGCCGGCAGCGGCUGACGAAGCUCAGAGACCGCGGAGCAUGACCGUGUCAGCUGCCACCAGGCCUGGUGAGGAGAUGGAGGCGUGCGAGGAACUGGCGCUGGCCCUGUCGCGGGGCCUCCAGCUGGACACCCAGAGGAGCAGCCGGGACUCGCUGCAGUGCUCCAGCGGCUACAGCACCCAGACCACCACCCCGUGCUGCUCGGAGGACACCAUCCCCUCCCAAGUUUCAGAUUAUGAUUAUUUCUCUGUAAGUGGCGACCAGGAGGCGGAUCAGCAGGAGUUUGACAAAUCCUCCACCAUCCCGAGAAACAGCGACAUCAGCCAGUCCUACCGACGGAUGUUCCAGGCCAAGCGCCCAGCCUCAACGGCUGGCCUCCCCACCACCCUCGGACCUGCUAUGGUCACCCCGGGGGUUGCAACCAUCCGACGGACCCCUUCCACCAAGCCUUCUGUCCGCCGGGGGACCAUCGGAGCCGGCCCCAUCCCCAUCAAGACCCCCGUGAUCCCCGUCAAGACCCCAACCGUCCCAGACCUCCCCGGGGUGUUGCCCGCGCCCCCGGACGGGCCAGAGGAGAGGGGUGAGCACAGCCCCGAGUCGCCGUCUGUGGGCGAGGGCCCCCAGGGUGUCACCAGCAUGCCCUCCUCCAUGUGGAGCGGCCAAGCCUCCGUCAACCCUCCUCUCCCAGGCCCGAAGCCAGGUAUCCCCGAGGAGCACAGACAGGCGAUUCCAGAGAGCGAGGCCGAAGACCAGGAGAGGGAUCCCCCAAGUGCCAGUGCUUCCCCAGGCCAGAUCCCGGAGAGCGACGCCACAGAGCUGAGCCCGAGAGAUACUCCGCAAGGGGAAGACAUGCUGAAUGCCAUCCGAAGGGGCGUGAAACUGAAGAAGACCACGACGAACGACCGCUCAGCCCCUCGCUUCUCGUAGGCUCGCUAGGCUCCCAAGAAACGCUGCCAGUGGGGGAGGGAACUGUUUAAUUCAUAAAACCUAAUUUGUCUCGAUCCAUUCCAAUCUAUAAUCAGACAAAAGAUUUUGUAGGCAACUCAGAAUACAGCUCUUUUGAAAGUACUCGACACCUUUAGAUAAGAAUUAAAAGCAACAUAUGUAACUGACAUAACUUUGAUCUUUUAAUUUGUAAAUAUUGACCGUUUUCUUUCUGCACAUUUUAAUCUUAGUUUCCCUUUUGAUUUUUCUGAAGGUGCCAAAUUCCAUUUAACUUUUUUACAAGUCUUUGUAAAAUUUUAAAUGCAUAAUAGGUGGGGGGGUGGUCGGGGCAAGGGGAAACACAAAGUAGUUAAUUUCAGAAAAAAGGGUAACUCUACUUAGCCUUUUCUUUUCUCUCUCCUUUUUUUCCUGCAAGCUUUUGUAGAUGCAUUGUAGUAGUCUGGCUUAGAAGCAAAUUCAAGUUAUUUUAAUGUACAAACAAAAUGGAUCAAGGGUUAAAAAUCUUCAUUUACUUGUAGUAUGCUCUGGCUGAGAAAAGCAGGAGUAACAGUUGAGCAAUAUUCAGAGUGAAGUAAAUCCGGAAAUGGUAGACUGUUGGGAUUGGGGGGGAGGGCCGUGGGAGGGGCACACAGUCAACAUAGCCGAUCCUGUUAACAUUUAAGAGUAGCCUCGUAGGUUGAAUUUCUAGUAGCUUCAUGGUAAAUGCAUCCGAAUAAGCCAUACUGGAUUGCAGUGUUUGUUUCUGUAGGGUGUUUAAGGACUUCCUUCGUCCCACGAUUCCUCUUGACUGCACACAGCACCCACCUCCAGUCCCGUGCAUGCUGCCGCCACCAGGUACACCCAGAGCGCCCCCCCCCGCCCCCCUUCAGUUACUCGUCUCUCGUACCCACGUUCAUUGAAUCCAAAUACAUCCAAAAAGGGUAAGGCAGUUUUAAAAAUGUGAAAACAUUUUAAAAUGAUAGCAGGGAAUUCUUAGAUAUAGCCAAUGCCUUUUACUUAACCGUGCCCAGCAGGCUGGGCACGUUGAAAAGCCCAAAUCUUUUGAACAAACUCGAGCGGAUUUAACAAGGGUAACCAGCUUGGAAUCUAGCAACUUGCCAAUGUGUUUACCGACCUGGGGGCUUGUUUUUCUUCUCUUCUUUUAAAUAAGUGGCAGUUAAUUGGCAUCAUACCAAACAUUGAAGAGCGGAGGAUUGAUUUAUUGUCACUGGGAAUCUGACCACUAUACUGUCCUUUUUUUUGGUAUUCUAGGUAAUGUUUUUUGGAAUGGAUUUAUGUCUUUUCUUUUUUAAGUGAAAGUUAAAUUUGUUCUAAUGCCCAUUCCCUAAAGCCAACAGAGAUUUGUAGAUUUAAAGGGAUCUUGUUUGGAGAAGACAUGUUCAAAAAGACCAAGCAAGCCCCUUAGCACUCGGGUCAGUUUCUCUUGAAGAAACCGGAGCUUGGUGGGUCCCGCAGACCCUGCAGGUUUCUGUUGGCUCUAAUCUUCAAUUACAUAACCUUAUGCUUUAAUACCUAACUGCAUUGGGUGUGAGAGUAACGUACCUGUACAGUCACUGUUCUAUAUAUUAACAUUUAACACUGCUGUGAUUGCUCAAGGGCAUUUUAUGUUACGGCUUUAAAGCAAAGGCAUGAUUAUUAGAAACUAUUUAAGCUUUUUUUCCUUUGAAAAACAAGCUCCUUCUACAGAAUAUAAGGAACAGUAGUGCCUGUGGUUUAGCCCACCAAUCUUGAUGACUAAAAGUAGCUGAUGCAUUGUGCAUAUGAUGCUUGAGAUGGUUUUUGCAAAAGCAGAAAUCACUGCAAGGUAAUUACGAUAGAUAAAAAGUGGUCUUUUAAACCUUGGAAAUAAAUGGAUGUAACUGUACCUUGGUACAGCUUUUCACUUGUUUAGUUUUUAAACGUUAGUAUAAUCUGAAUAAAUUUAAUAUAAAAUGUUGCCAAAUUCAAUGUAGAAAGAAUGUGACAACACAUCUUGGGUAGUUCUGUUUGUGUUUUUGCAUAUUGUAAAAGCAGUGUCACAGCUAAAAAUAAAGAAAUCGUUUCUAAAGGUAAAUUAUUGUGGUUUAGUUGCUAGUUUGUACUGAGAGUUGACCUCUCCCUGUGGUUUUUUUGUUCUAAACUUGUAUAAAUAACAACUGUGUAAUGUGUCUCCCUUCUACCUUGUAACAAUUGCUUCAGCCUACAUUAUAAAUAAAGAACCACUAGAAAAAG